AUGGCUACAAAACAUAUAUUUGGAAACGAGCAUAUUCCAUAUGGACAGGCACUGUUUGAAGAGCUUGAACCGGAAACUCAGGAAAGAGUCAUGCAAACAAUACGCGAAGACUCAAAUACAGACUAUGACAAACUCUUUCUAGGAUAUAGGGUACCUGAGAUGGGCGACCAGAGCCCAAAGGCAAAAAGGACAUGGGAAAUUUACAACAUACUAGUGAACAUGAGGCAAAGAUGCAACAACUUGAAGCAGAGGGCAAUGAAGGAAAAAGAAGAGUUAAAAACUCAGUCAGGAAGAAAGUAA